AGAAAAGGUAAGAGAGAGAGAGACUGAGGAGAAAGAGAGAAAAAGAGUUACUUUACUCUCAUCUUCCUCUGCAAAUCUGACAAGGAAGACGAAGAAGAACCAAGCCCUCUUUGAUUAGGGUUGUGAAUCUGUGGGGGCUUUGAGAUUUUGAUAAUUGAGAUCUUCUUGCAAACAUGUCUUGGGUUCGAUUAGCAAUUGAGCAAAAGGAGGGCACCUUUGCGUACCCACCACCGUUUUACGAAGACCCAGUUCUCUCUCCGCCGCCACAGUCGUCCGGUAACAGAACCAGCCCGGCGGUUCUAUUCGUAAUUGUGAUUCUAGCUGUCUUGUUCUUCAUCUCUGGCCUUCUUCAUUUGCUCGUUAGGUUUCUCACAAAGCAUCCUUCCGCUUCUAGGUCUAAUAGAUACCCAGAGAUCUCAACUAGUGAUGCUCUUCAAAGACAGCUUCAACAGCUGUUCCAUCUUAAUGACUCUGGUCUUGACCAAGCUUUCAUCGACGCUUUGCCUGUUUUUCACUACAAAGAAAUGGUUGGUGCCUCCAAGGAGCCGUUCGAUUGCGCGGUCUGUCUCUGUGAGUUUACUGAGAAAGAUAAGCUGAGGUUGUUGCCCAUGUGUAGCCAUGCUUUUCAUCUCAACUGUAUAGACACUUGGCUUCAGUCAAACUCGACUUGUCCUCUUUGUCGUGCCACUCUCUUCUCCCCUGGUUUCUCCAUGGAGAAUCCCAUGUUUGACUACGAUGAUAUAAGAGAAGACGAAGACUGUGUCGCCGAGAAAGCUGUAGAGAUUCAAGAAAUCGUUGUGGAGAAAGGGGUUUUACCAGUGCGGUUAGGUAAAUUCAAGAGGCUUGACAAUGUUGGUCGUGGACAAGAAGAUCAUGCUGGUGGAGAGACUAGUAGUAGUAACCUAGAUGCAAGGAGAUGUUUCUCAAUGGGUUCAUAUCAGUAUAUACUCGGUAACUCCGAGCUUAAAGUCCCGUUUUGCAAAGAUAGGCAACGGCUUUUGAAACCUCAGGACAAAGAAUCUCUGGAGCAGAUUGGGGACUCAUCAUCACAAGAGAAGAAGAUAAUUAGUGUUGUGGCUAAAGGAGAGAGUUUCUCGGUUUCCAAGAUUUGGUUGUGGCCAAAGAAAGAUAAAUUCUCUACAGAUACUCAAAGAAGGCUGCCUUCGGCAUCACUUAACUUCGAUGAUCUUCCAAAACUUCCAUGGAUGGAAGAUCAUAAGAACGACAAAAAGUAG